AUGGCAUGUAUCAUCCUGCUUCUCCCCGUCCUUCUCGUGUGUGCAGGGGGGCUGAGGGCGCUGUGUUGCACUUUGGAUCGAGAACGGCCACCCGGCCCCGGCCCGCCGGGUAUGCGCGGGUUAUGCGCUUGCAUCCACGGGUUGGUCACGUGUGCCGAGCCACCGUCCACGCAUGACGUAGUCACGAAGGCAUUGUGUCCCCAGCACCUGCACACACUCGUGAGCACGGAUGCUCCUCCAUCACCUGCUAGCACACGCUGGGCAGGGGUGUACAUCAUCAAGCAAUUCCCGCCAUGCAACCUGCACGAGCCGCUUGUCGAGAUCGAGCUGGAUCCCCCGAGAAUGAGCUCUCGCACACGUACGUGCGGUGCGGCCGGUGGGAGGCACACUGCUGAAGGUGGGGGAGUUGAGGGCUGGCGGAAGCUGCACGAUGACGAGUGCAACUCUUUGUUCAACAUGUUGCCUUGUAAUGGCGGAGAGGCGUAUGGGCACGCGAUGGACGACUGCGGCUACCUCUUCCUUGCACGAAUGCCGUCUCCCCCGCACGACCCGCGCCGCCAGCAGGCGUACACUCGCUGGCGCCUUAGCGGCACGUGA